AAGCUCAAGGUUGAUUCCCAGAGAUUUCUAUAAGCUGGGCGCGUUGACGGUUGACCGGCGACUUCAGUUUUCUCUUCUUUUACAGACAAGCUCCAAGUAUUAGAAAGUUUUGAGGCCCAAAAGAUAAGCAAACGCGUCUCUCUUCUGAUUUGGAUCACAAAUCCUCCUCCAGUUCUCUUGUUUCUUUAACAAUCCUCUUCAUUUUCGAUACAUUUCAAUCAUGUAUUCGGCAUACCCAAAUUCCUACGACAGAUUCUCCGGCUCCUCACAGCCGGUGUUUAGUCAGGAUUCAACGACAACUGGGAUUCCGGUAAGCUCAACAAGCCAGUUCUACAGUAGUGAAAAUUCUCGAUCAGAAUCCCAACUUCAAUCCAAGGUCAGGGACCCAUGGUCCACUGGCCUAUGCGACUGCUUUUCCGAUCGGCGAAACUGCUGCAUAACAUUUUGGUGCCCCUGCUUCACCUUCGGACGAAUUGCUGAGAUUGUAGACAAGGGCUCGUCAGCCUGUGGAGUGAAUGGAGCUCUCUACACACUAAUCGCUUGUGUGACUGGUUGUCCCUGUUGCUAUUCAUGCUUCUAUAGAGCAAAAAUGAGGCAGCAAUACGGCUUGAAGGAGAGCCCUUGUGGGGAUUGUUUGGUUCAUUGCUUUUGUGAGUAUUGCGCCUUGUGCCAAGAAUAUCGAGAGCUCAAAAAUCGUGGAUAUGACUUGCCUAUAGGAUGGCAUGGUAAUGUGGAGAAAAAGAAUCAGAACUUGGAGAUGGCUUCGGUGCCGCCAGCGGUGGAAGGAGGCAUGACAAGAUAGAUUGGGGAGAUAUUUGAGCAUUGUGGAAGCAGUAAACAUCUUGUGGUAAAGAUCAUAUUGUUCAAUAUUCAACAUUGAUAUCUAAUCUCAAUGGUAGCUCUCUAGAAAUCGAUGGGAAGAUUAUAUACACUUCCGGAUGUAUCCAAUCAAUUAAAUUUUGUUGUAGAUGUUCAAAUUAAGAAAUCCUUAUUUAGUCUGGAUAUAAUGGGAUUCACAUGAAGUCCUGUACAUCUACUGUAUGAGUUUGUAUAAAUACAGUCUAUGGUUUGCUAUGGCUAGACAAAUCUCUUGAUUUUAUCAGAGUAAAACAAAUAAUGAUUUUAUUUCUGUCCAAA